UAUAUAAACGUGAAAUUCUCGUAUUUACAUAUUAUGUAGUUUGAAGAAUCAUUUCGAAAGUAGAAAAAAAUGGCAGUUGCUUUUCUACUGAUUUGUGCAAUGUUGGUGUGUACAAGAACCUUUGGUGCUCCUUUUUUUGAUUUGUUUGACUUUUUCGAUUAUGAUUCAUCCUCAGAAGAAGAAAAAAAGGAACCCAAAGUGCAGGUUUACAUUGCUAAUAAUGUUGAAAAACGUCCAAAAGAAGAAAAGAAGAUCCUGAUACCUGUACCUGUGGGUCCAAUUAAAGUGGAUUUUCCGAAUAUCACUGUUAACCUUGCCCCUCUUAAAGGCAAUUUUAACAUUAGUGUUAACGCCACUGCUAUAAAUAAAAACGAGGAGAACAUUGUUAUAAAUAAUAAGGAUUUGCAGACGGAACUAAUUAAACUAAUUGAAGCAGGAAUCAAAAAAUUAAAUCCUGGUAGAUAAAAAUUAAAUCUAUCCAAAUCAAUAAAUUGAUAACUAGCGUUAGUGACUAUAUCGGGUGUCCCAGACAGGAACCAUCGCUGCUACGAUUUAUUGCUUCUACAAUAGAUAUGUUAUUUUUGUUUUUUAAUAUGUACAACCUACUAAAACUUUGAUUAUAGUUUCAUAAAAAGCUUUACAGAGUC